AUGCCCUCCAAACGGCCGCUGCCUCUGCCUGCCGAGUGGACGUCCCCCGAGGCCUACCUGGACUCGCUCCUGUCCUUCGCUACAACAUCAGAACUAUUCAAGAACUUCUGCGGAGGAGUGCAUAUACUGGACUUUCUCAUACGAGAGCCAGACUUGUACACCUCUGUUAUCCCCGAGGAUUGGCGCAAGUUCUUUGCCCGCCAUGAAAUACUUGAUAUCCUGGACCUCCUGAUGCGCGAAGACAUCAGCCCCUUUUUGAAUGCAGACACAGACACAGACACAGACACAGACACAGACACAGACCUGCAAGGAGAAAGAAAUACAUGGCGAGACGGUCCGAUGCCACCGAGUAGCCUGGUCGAAUAUAUCCAUAAAAUCAGAAGACAUGCUCUGCUACGGGAGUUUACGCCCGUGGGCGACCAGCCUGAUAUCAAGCGGCCCGUGGGCAGGAAGGGAAUACCCUACCAUGUCUUUACAGGCAUGAAGCCGAAGAAGUGUCACGAGGUAGAGAAUUUUUCAAAAUACGUUGCGUCUCUCACCCAGGACGUGGAUCGGAUCAGGGGAGUCUCAGAGGAAGCUGGACAGGAGCAACGAGUCUCUCAUAUCGUGGAUUUUGGAUCUGGUCAGAAUUACCUGGGCAGAGCGCUGGUUAGUCCGCCGUAUAACCGGCAUGUUAUUGCUAUUGAACGACGGCAUAAUGAUAUUGCUAGUGCGAAGAGGAAGGAUAUCAGGGCGAAAGUAGCGGAGAAGACAAUCGUGAUGAGGAAUAAAAAGGAGCACAGGGCGAAGUUGAAAGCCGCUGCCCUGGAGGGAAUUGAUACUACAGCUACAUCUAUACCCAGGGAUGAGGAUGCAGCAGAUACGCCGGUUCUACAACAAGGCAGACAAGGGGAGAGCCCGGCAGAUACCGCGACGAUACUACUUGUUACUGAUGCACAGACUGACGCCGGUCCAGCUGAAAAUGGUGAAAGGGAGCAGGAAACCACAAACUCGGGGUCCGGCUCCAAGGGCUUACUGGACUACGUAGAGCAUGAAAUCCAGGAUGGCUACCUUGAACCCAUUAUAGACCACAUUAUCGGCCCUGCAAAGGAGGGCCCGGAGCAAGAUAACGUCUCUGCUGCAAACGGCUGCAUGUCUAUGGCGGAGCCCUCACCGUCAGGAGUAAUGGUUGUAUCCCUUCAUUCAUGCGGUAACCUCGUGCACCAUGGCAUCAAGUCUCUUAUCUUGAACCCGUCCGUGGUUGCGGUUGCAAUGAUUGGGUGCUGCUAUAACCUGAUGACCGAACGGCUCGGUCCUGCAACAUAUAAGUUACCUUCACUAAGGCUGCCCAAUUCCCGUCUAGAACAGACAUCCAGUUCAUGUGAUCCUCACGGUUUUCCAAUGUCGAGACAUUUCGAGCAAUACUCGCACGAAAACGGCAACGGAAUCCGGCUGAACAUCACUGCUCGCAUGAUGGCCGUGCAAGCUCCGUAUAACUGGGGAAAGGAGGACAGUGAGGCAUUCUUCACCCGUCAUUUCUUCCGUGCAUUGCUACAGCGGGUUUUGGUCGACUAUAACAUCGUCCCUGUCCCAGGACGAGCUACUACCAGUGACACGCCUAGAACGGGCGACGGGACACAGCCAGAAGUCACACAGGAUACGGAGGUCCCGGGAUGUCCACUGAUAGUAGGAUCGCUGCGGAAAUCCGCAUUCCUAUCGUUCACCGCAUAUGCUCGUGCGGCUGUGGCAAAGCUAGUGCAUGAUCCUCAGUACGGUGAUGCGAUCAAGCAGCGUGUUGAAGGCCUGUCUGACGAUACACUGGAGCAGUACGUUGCUCGGUACGAGUCUGCAAAGAAGAACCUGAGCGUUGUCUGGAGUCUGAUGGCGUUCAGUGCUUCGGUCGUAGAGUCGAUGAUCGUGACUGAUCGCUGGAUGUAUCUUCGAGAGCAAGAGUGCGUAAAAGAUGCGUGGGUCGAGCCUGUGUUUGAAUAUUCGCAGAGCCCCAGGAACCUCGUCGUCGUUGGCGUUAAAAAGUGA